AUGGUGUGCAUGGAUAAGGAGCAGAGGACUGUUCGGUCUGCAGAGCAUGUGUUCAAAUAUAAUGUCAUGCUGGAUGACACAGAGGGAUAUUUUGUGAUUGGUGGAGGAAAAUAUAUAAAUGGUGUGGAAGGGUAUUUUGGACCAGUGGUUUACUACCGGAACCAAAUAUCUCCUCAGAGCAUGUCUGACGUUGUUAUUCCAGAUGUUGUUAGGGCUGUGAACCUGACUGGCUGGCUGCAGACCUGUCAAGAAUUUCGUUUUGAGAUGAACAUGAAAAUUGAUGGCUAUUCUCUCAUGGGGACAGAGUCUGGAGGAAGAGGAGUCAGCCUGCCAGCUCUGGGCAAAGCACUGUACUCCUUAUCGCUUCAUAAGCUGGGCAGAGUGCACAGCCCUGGAGUGGUCAGGGCAAUAUUACCACUGCUGCACCAAGCCGGCUGCCUAGCUGAUAACCGAGCUCUGUACAUGUUGUCAGUGCUCUACAGCACUGGCCUGGGAGUCAAGAAACAGCCCAGUAAGGCUUGGCUCCUGGCUCUGCUGGCAGCCCAGAAGGAUGAUCGACUGGCACUUCUGCAUCUUGGGACCCUGCAUCACCAGGGACUUCACGGUGCUCCCACAGACCCAGACCUGGCUUAUGGUUAUUAUGCAAACAUUGCUCAACAAACAAUAGUGGACCGUCAGAAGCCCACACCACAGCAGACAUAUGUUGAGGCUGUUUUCCUGAACAAUGAUGAGAUAUUGAAUCUCCAGACGAAUGAAGACCAUCAUAUUUUUCAGUGGCUAAAACUGCAGGCACGCAGGGGAGCAGCUGAGGCUGAGCAAACACUUGCCCGCAUGCUGUUCUGGGGUCAGCAGGGAGUGCCUACAAACAUCCAAAGGGCUGUGAGACACUACGAAAGGGGGGCCGUCCAGUGGGAGGACCCAGUGUCGAUGUAUGACUAUGGCAUAGUCCUUCUGCAGGGGCAUGGGGUUAAAAAGGACAUUCCAAAAGCUCUCACUUUCCUGAAGAAAGCAAAGGAGAAGGGAUUUGUUCCUGCAAUCAAUGCCUUGGCCUGGUACUAUGAGAAGUUUGAGCAGGACUACAAACAGGCAGUGCAGCUGUGGGAACAAGCUGAUCUCCUAAAGUGUCCAGAGGCUGCUUUCAAUCUUGGUGUCAUGUACUCACAGGGUCUGUAUCCAGGAAAAGCUGCUGAUCAGUAUAUGGCCUAUCGGUACUAUCUGAAAUCAGGAGAGAGAGGGCACAUCAAGGGAGCAAUGCUCACGGCACACAUCUGGACCACUGGAAUACCCGGCCAUAUCAACAGACGUCCAUUGGAUGCCGUUUUGUGGGCGAAGUGGGCAGCUGAGCACAACGGAUAUCUGGGCACCGUCUUACGAAAAGCUUUGGAUUCCUAUCUCAAGAGUGACAUGUUUAGCGCACUGUUCUACUACAUGAUGGCUGCUGAGUCGGGGUACGCAGCUGCACAGUUCAAUGUGGCAUAUCUGUGUGAACAAAAUGCUGUGAGUUAUAGACAUAGAAAUUUUCUGGAUCCAGCUUUUGCAACACACUGUAUGUGGAGAUAUUACAACAUGACAAUCCAAAGUCAAAAUCCUGACACUUAUGCCUUGAUUAGGCUAGGUGACCUGCUGUAUGAGGGGCGGGGUGACGGACAGAAAGAUUUAAUUUCUGCUGCAGAGAUGUACAAACUGGCAGCACUAAGGAAUGAUCCACAGGGAUGGUACAACCUUGGCCUUCUUGCUGAAGAAGGUUACAGGCUGCCACUGUCGAUACUGACUGAACUCGGCCUUUCAGAGCUGUACCUGGCAGACAACAGUUUGCUUCUAAGUGCUUUAUACAAAAGAUGCAGAGACUCAGGAGAUACAGAUUCUUACGUGCCUUGCAGCCUUGCCCUCUUCAGUGUGUAUCUUCAGUUGUUCCAGAAGGACUAUGGUGCUGCCAUUAAGUUCUCCACUGCCAUUGCCAUGGUUGCCGCACCAACAAUAUUCUUCGGUGUACUCAGAAGACGUGUCCUCUCUCUCGUCUAGAAGCAAGAUUUGA